AGCGUUGUGACGCCGGUGAAGCAAGUCGGGUGUUCACCGAUUCACUCUCUUCACAAAAGUUCGAGUGAAAUAUAUUUAAAAAAUAAUGAACUAAAAAUGUAUCAUUCAGAUCUAAGGAAAUUACGAAUACUAAUGAAAUUCGAUAAAAUUUUUGAAAAAAAGUGAGUUCAGCACAUUUUGAAGAUCAAAACGAAUAAGUGACCGAUUUGUGAGAAAAUAAAUCACAAGAAUUUUUUACAAAGUGCAAAGAACGGGGAUAAUGUUGAUAAAUGGGUGGUGAUGGCCAAUUUCGCGUUACCUUGUCCGUCAGAAAAGAGCCCGGUGCCGGUCCCGUCUACUGCAAGAUGGAAACGUCAGCGAGAUUCCGGCAACUCAAAACUGUGAAAUUCAGCAGCGAUUCCCUUUAUCGUCUCGAUAUAAGCUUCAAACCUCCUCAACUUUUGCAGUCCUUAAGCAUCGGUGGAAAACAAGUGGAAGCGGUGGAACGUGCACGUGACGGGACUGCGUGCGCUUACAGCGCUUAUCACAGCACCAAAGAUGUGGAACCGAGCGCGCGGGGACAUCGCGAAGAAUUGCCCAUCGCGAUGAGAGUUUUGGGUUCUGGUUACUUGACCACGUGUUUGCAAAUAAAGUAUUACAAAUCUGGUGACCAGAGUCAUUGCGAAUGGGGUGCGAGAUUGCACUGUAUUGAACUCGAUUGUUCGAGCGUCGAGGGUCGAUUAGUGACAGUCGACAAAGAGACUUAUCGGAAAUUGGGCAUUGAAUCGUAACCCAAUAAUGAAAACACGUAAACCGACUUGUUAUCCUCUUCUCGUCUCUAGAUACUCGUUGCAAUCAUUUACUCAUUUUAAUAUUUUCAUUUCCUCCAUUCACUUCAUUCAUCAAACUGUAUUCGAUUUUGCAGAGUAACUUUUUUAUUUUUUUAUGCAGAAAAAAUCUUUAUCAACUUUUUCAAUAGUUUUUUCGGAGAGUCUUUUUUAAGCUCCCUGCUUAGGCAUUCGUGCUCCCUCUUGAAGGAUCUUAUUUAAAAUGAUGAAAAUUAAAAAAUGUAUGAAACACAGCCAUUUAAACGCAUACUCGAUCCAAAAGUGCUAUUGCUUUCGAAAAAUGGUCGCUUCCAUUCGCGCGAUAUUAGAUAGAUUAUAAUUAACACUGUUCUUGAGAAAAUUCUUCAUGAGUAAUCGAUAUAUAUUUUAUUACUACCGCUCAACAGCGUCUUUUGUACGAUCCAAAACUCGAUCGAUCGUUACAACCAUAAAUUAUCGAUGCACUUGCAACAAACUAUGAGGAAAGAAAAAAAAAUACGUCCAUUAAUUUUUACGUACUAUUGACGCGCAACCUUUUCGAUAUAUACUCUGUGGAUACUUAAUAUCGACGACCUGAAGAGCCGAACAAGGGUGGCCUUCAUUCUUGCCUUGAAAUAGAUGACCUUUGCGUUUCCAUCCGACCAGUACUUAUUCAUACUUAUUUCGUAUUUUUUCAUCUGUUUUUCGUUCCAUUAAAUAAUUUCGCCUCGAAUUUUCUGCGGUAUAAAUAUAAAUAUAGUAUUUUAUCGAUAAAUGAAUAUCGAAUAAUUCGAUCAAGUGAAAAAAUGCUGCUUGAAAAUAUUCCAGGGUAGUAGAUCUAUGAGAAACGAAAAAAAACUUGCAAAUUUUUGGCUGACCAACAUUUUUCAUUAAUCAAUCUUCCUUUUCGCACAGCAUUCGAUCAGAUUUGAACUUUUUAAAUCUGAGCUAAUUUUCGAUUCAAUCACGUUCAGUGCACAAAGUAGGUCUUAAAAAGUAUUGAUAAGCCUAUGUUUAUAAAAAAUUUGGUUUUUAGGGAAAACAAUUACAAUCUCUGUUGUCUAUUAUUUUCUCGCAGAGGUGGAAAAUACCGAUUGCGGGAAGAAUUUUUCUUAUUCUGAUGUUCUUUUCAAAACAUUGUUAGAGCGUAUGUGCCUCAUCUCGCGAUUAAGAAAUCGCUUCUAAUUGUUUCACUCGAAAAUAUCCGAUAAAUAUGCAGACCAGAGAAAACUAAGAUAAAGACGUCUUACUCGAUCGCUCCUAAUUUUGUAAAAGAAAAAUUGCUUUAAUAAUUGUUGUUUCACUUGGCGAGUACUAUUACGAAGAAACUAUGAGUCAACGGUCUACGAUUGAAUUUUUUUUUGAACCUGUGACUAUUGCAUGAGCUACUUCUGCGUUCGUUUUUUAUUUCUUCAACAUUAAUUGUAAAAGACGCGGAAACGUCAUUCUUUCGACUCUGACUGUUCGGACAUAAGGGGUUGGUUUCAAAUUUUUCAUGAAAACCUUUUCUCUCUGGGUCCAUGGUACAAUCAAACACACGCGUACAACCGAACAUCGACGUUUUGCAUGCAGGAAACAAGAAUAUGUACUACAAACAAAAAAUAUUUCGAAUGAUUAUUUUUAAACGUAAUUUAAGUAAGGCAGUAUUUCAAACUCGUGAAUAGAUAUUUUUUCAUGUCAAGAGAUCUGAAUUUCAGCGAAGCCCUAUCCGAGAACAUAGAAUGUUCCGUCGAAUUCGAAAUUCAAAGAUAAAAAAAACCUGAUAUUUUCGUAAAUUGAGAAAAAACUUUUUUCUGUUUUUUUUUUUUUUUUCAACAAUUCAAAAUGAAUAACAAGCAAGCAAAUCGAAAGAAGUGCCAUAUUAUGAAUACUUAUAAAAUAUAAUUGAAAGAAAGUGGAACUAUUAAAAUUAUUGAAGAUUCUCUUAUCACUCCUGUGGCAAAACAAAAUCAAAGAGAAAGGAUAAAUCUUAUUGUAACGUUGUAAACUCGUUUCAUUAAAAAAAACCAACGAACGCAUUGAUCGGUACCUGUAUACGUUGUUACAGCUUCAUAGUAAGAAAUACAGAGUGUGCAAUAGCGGAGUAAGCGGAGAGAUAAAAUAUAAUACAUUUUAUGCGCAUCAACGAUAUUUCUUGUACAACGAAAACAUAUCACGUAAAUUACGAAUAACUGAAAGUAUAAACUGUAUGUAAAGCAGAAAAGGAGAGUUCGAAACUAGAAAUCGAAACAGCGAGGAAAUUAUAGUGCGUUGAAUAAAGGAGAGAAAAAUCGUUCUUAAAUAUUAAUUUCGUUUCUGAAUUUUGUCUCGAUCCCUUGCGCGGUUUUGAGAUCGUAUAUCAAAGAUGUAAUAUGUACAGUGAGUGUAAACCGAAUGGGAAAAUUCGUUCUGUCGAAAGAAAAGACAAAUAAAUAUUUGAAAUGAUU